ACCAUUUCCAACCACCUCACUCACAAAACAAGUUCUAAGAACUACAAUUUGUGGCAGAAAUGAGAACCUCAGGACAGCUGAGGCAUUGCCCUACAAUGUUUUAUGCCUUGGCAUUGUGCCUCUUGGCCACAAGUGUGCUUGCCACUACGCCUUAUACUUAUUCUUCACCACCUCCACCAAAGCACUUGGAGACCCCUCCAACCCAUUACAAGUCCCCCCCACCACCGAAGUAUGUAAAACAUCCACCACCUCCAUCACCAUCACCCCCGCCACCCUAUUAUAAGUCUCCACCACCGCCUUCUCAUUCGCCGCCUCCUCCUUAUGUGCACAAAUCUCCUCCACCACCCACUCACUCACCACCUCCACCAUAUGCUUACAAGUCACCACCUCCCCCUUCUAAAUCACCACCUCCUCCUUAUGUCCACAAAUCUCCUCCUUAUGUCCACAAGUCACCACCUCCACCAUCAUAUUCUCCUCCACCUCCUUACCACUACAAGUCACCACCACCACCAUCUCCAUCACCUCCCCCUCCAUACCACUACAACUCUCCUCCUCCUCCAGUGAAGUCACCUCCACCUCCCCAAUAUCACUACAAAUCACCUCCACCUCCAAAACACUACUAAGCUUUAUGGGAUUUUAGCGACUUGAACCAGUCCAAAUAAGGUCUUCGUUUCGAUGUUCCAGCGGUAUCACUUCUUUUUCUAGCUUUGUUCUAUUCGCAGACAAGUGUGUUUGUGAAUAAUAAAGGUCUGACAGAACCCUUCGUGUAUUCUGUCGUAAGAACUCACUGUAUCAAUUAGUUUUUUUUUCCUUCUCCUUUUAAAGAAAUGAAAGCAAAGAGUAUUUCAUAUACGUACUUGUUUUUAUGUAGUUCCUAUGCUAUUACAUAAGCCUUUUGGAUCAAUAAAAUUAUGUGUUUCUUCGUGGAAAA